AUGUUUACCGGACUGAUCGAACACCUUGGGACGGUCUCUUCCAUCGUCGUUGACUCGGCGGGAUGCACACUCACCAUCUCCAACUCUGCGGAGAUUCUCGGAGAUUGCCAUAUCGGGGACUCUAUCGCGGUCAAUGGAGCCUGCCUCACCGUCACCGAGUUCGAUAAGGAAGAGCUUGGUGGAUGGUUCAAGGUGUGGCUGGCUAAUGAGACGUUGGAUAGGACGGAUCUAGGCUCGGUGGUCGGUGAUCAACUAAAUUUGGAGCGAGCAAUGGCGGCUCAUGCUCGAUUUGGAGGGCAUUUCGUACAGGCUCAUGUGGAUACUACUGCGACUGUGGUUGAACGGGUCGCCGAUGGCGAUUCGCUCCGGUUGACGUUUGAGCUGCCGGCUCCGACAGAAGCCAGACCAUCUCUUCUGCCUUAUAUGAUCCCAAAGGGGUACAUUACGAUCGACGGGGCAUCGCUUACGUUGACGGGGGUUGAUGAUGAGCAGAGGCGGUUCAGUGUUAUGUUGAUCCAACAUACGCAGAAGAAGAUCAGCCUGAGCAGGAAAGAAGUCGGAGAAAAGGUGAAUAUUGAAGUGGACAUGGUUGGCAAAUAUGUGCAAAAGAGUGUUGUCGCUGCACUCGGUAAAUAA